AAGUUCAGAUGUUUUAGCUUUACUGUAGCAGUUUAGGUCGGACGGGCUUGAAUUAGCUACUCCGUUUUUUUACAAAGCUAAAACAUAUUUCUUAAUUGCAUUGGGUUAUUUAUUUUCAGUAUUCAAAAGUUCUCCAUCUUUAUAUAGUUAUUUUUAAAUCUACUAUCUUUACUAGUCUACGAUCAAAGUGUGGUGAAACCGGUGAAACACGGGUACUGUAUCGUCCAGAAUGAAUCAGAUUUGUGUUGUUAUGGUGAUAUUUGGUGUGCACCACCUCUACGCUACUUCUGGGCAGGAGUGUUCGUCCAGCCAGGAGCUGCAGAUCUCUCUGCGCCAAGUGGAGAAGAUGCUGGUGGCCCACGAGGCAUCCUACCAGCAGAACCUGCGCUCUCUGAGGAAGAGGCUGAGUGCCCUGCAGAACAGCACCAGACAGGCCUCGGCCCUGGCCACGCCCCUGACCACGCCCCUGGCCACGCCCCUGGCCACACCCCAUAGGGAUGCCACCUGCCCCAAGCCAGACAGUCUGACCAACGGCAGGAGGCUGGGGAGGGUGUUUGCGCUGGGACACGAGGUGCACUUUGUCUGCAAGCCUGGCUUUGAGCUUGUGGGGCCGCAGACCAGGGUGUGCCUGGAGGCCCUACGGUGGAGCGGCCAGCAGCCAGCCUGCAGGGUCUUAAGCAGCACCAACCCAUCACUGCCCUCCUUCUCAGCCUCCUCUUCUGAUUCCUCCUCCUCCUCCUCCUCCGCCACGGUCUCCCCCGCCUCCUCGUCCCCCAGCUCCCCUCCCCCUCCCCUCUCCGCCUUCAUCCGUCCGUCUCGCUGUACCCAGUUCCAAGGCUCCUCCCACUGCACCUGUGACCUGGGCUUCACCAUCUCAGGCCGUGACAACAACGUCUGCACAGACAUCGACGAGUGUGAGCUGUUCCCCCUGGGUCAGCCGGGUCGUCUGUGUGUGUUCACCUGCGUCAACACUCCUGGCAGCUUCCACUGUACGUGUCCCCGAGGCUACAACAUGACCAGGGACAGCCGCAACUGCAAAGAUAUUGACGAGUGUGAGAGUGGACUGCAUAACUGCAGCCAGGACCAGCUGUGCGUCAACACGUAUGGAGGCUUCCAGUGUGCCACGGUGGCAUGUCCUCGCGUCCUGAACGCCUCGUACAUCAAGACGUCCCCCAUGCGCUGUGAGAGGAACCCCUGUCUGGUCGGGGACGAGGCCUGCUCCCAGGCUCCCAACUCCAUCUCCUUCCACUUCCUGUCCGUGGUGUCCAACAUGUCCGCCCCCAGGGUGCUGUUCAGGGUGUCCGCCGCCCGCGUCCUGGGCGACACGCUUCGUUUCGGGCUGGUGGGCGGCCGAGGGCGGGGCCACUUCAGCGUGCAGCGCUCCAGCCGGCAGACAGGCACCCUGCUGCUGGUUAGCCCCGUACAGGGCCCCGCUACCCUGGAGGCCGAGGUGGAGAUGAGUGAGCUGGAGAGACGGACCCUGCUGGGGAGAUACCUCACCAAGGUCACCCUGUUCGUCUCCCCCUACGCCUUCUAGAGGGGAG